ACUGCGAGUCAGUGCGCAUGUCAAGUUGAAAAUUGCAAAUGGCGGCCGUUGUUAUUGUUCGUACCGAAUUAACUAUUUGUAAAUUAUAUACCAAUCUUUUUAGCGAUUUUUCUAAUGGACUGUUAUAUUGAUGCGAUGCUUUAACUUCUCAUAAUUCGGCGCGACACGUUUUAUGUACGUUUUUAAGUGUUUUUAGUGUUUUUUUGCUAUUUUAUGUGUGUCAUGCAAAUGGGGUAAGCUGGAAUUAUCGGAUGUCGCUUAGGUUGUUUUGGAUAGUUUCAAUAAGAAAAUGGAGUGAAGUUCUGUGAUCUAAAGUGUUAAAAUGGAUACUGCAUAAAGUAUUUCAACUAUCCCUCUAGUAUUAGGGUGUAGCGAGAGACGGGAGCGGCUGUAAUUUACGUAUGUUCCAUGCUGUGACUGUUCUCCCCGUACAUUUCAAAAUGGCUGCUGCUCUUCACGAUAUAUGAGCUUUGCGUCACUGGAAUAUAAUUCAGUGGAUUUGAUUCGUGAUGACAUUAUAGUGUUUCUAGUCGUGUGAUCGUCUGUGAAAAAGCGAAAAUAAGUCUUGGACGGUUCCCCGGGUGCACCAGAACCGGGACAGUAGUGGUGUGUCAUAUGUUUUUGGUGUAAAGUGGACACUGACCAUAGGACCGAUAUUGCUUUGCGUCCGAGCCGGACGGUAAUGUUGCGCUUGAUUUUCCAUCAUGAUUUGGGACACAAGGGAAUAGAAAUUGUGUGGAAUUGAGCGGAAUGUGACAUUGUAUGAGAGGCACAGCAUGGCAGCGGACAGCGAUGGGCUAGGCUCGGCGGGCGGCGGUUCUUGCGGCGUGGUGGUGACAUGCGAGGGCGACUUGCGCGACCCGCGUUUCCCUGCGCGCCUGCGCCGGUUGUUGCGCGAGUUGCGCGCUCUGCUCGCCGAGCCGCAUCCGCACACGCUCAAAGUUAACAAGGUGGAGCCUUGGAACUCUGUGCGCGUGACGCUGUCGGUGCCGCGAGCAGCAGCCGCGCGGUUGCGUGCGCUCGCGGCGGCGGGCGCUCCGCAACUGAGGGCUCUCGGCAUACUCUCGGUACAGCUGGAUGGUGAUGCCGCCGUGUCGCUGCGGCUGCAGCACGGAGCUGAGCUUAGGAUUAACACCGAUCCUGAUGACGCGAGUACAUCAAGAUCGCAGCCGAACGCGGAGCUGCUGGCGGGUCUGGGCGGGCUGGGCCGCAUGCUGGGCGAGGCGGAGGCGGGUGCCAGUGCCGACACCCCCGCCCCCGCCCCCGACAGCUUCAAGUCCCCCAAUACCGUCUGCCCAAUGGACGGCAAGAUCCCCCAUAACAUUCCCACGCACUCCGCCGACCGCUGCGAGUUCCCCUUCGGCAGCAUGACGCAGGCGAGGGUUAUACAUCGCAAGGAGAAUACUUUAGGUUUAAGCGGUCCCCCAGCUAGCAUAAGGCCGCAAGCGGACGGGCCGUUCGCGCGGCCGUCCACUUCGGCGUUCCCCGGCCCUCCGCCACCGUACCCCGCGGCCUCCCCGCAGCCGCCCUCAGCUCCCGCCACCCCCGGGCCGCCGGCCACGCCCCCCACGGUCGCCAUGUCCUCCCCGCUGCUCGUCAACCUGCUGCAGAACGACGCGCCCGCGCCUUCGCCCCGCCCCAAGCCGCCGCAACAUCCCGCCAAGCUGGAUAGGCUAGAAGAUGGACAGGUGGAAUUAGCAGUGGGUCGACCGCCAUUCGCGGAGUACCGGACUCCUCGCACCCCCGCCCCCAUGGCGGCGCCCGUGCGCUCCCCCCUCCCCGCGCCCUGCACGCCCCCCGCCUCCCCCGCGCCGCGCCCCGCCCCGCGCCCGCCCGCCUUCGUGCGACGCCCCGCCCCGCCCGCGCCGCCGGCACCUCCUCCCCGGCCACAGCCUCCCCAGCCCGCGUACCGAGUACAGAUGGCCGGUGGAGGUCGCCCGGGCUACACGGCCACGUUCCCCGCGCCGCCGCCGUACAGGCAACAGCUGACGCGGCCGCUGCGACCGCCGCCGCAGGUGGCUCAGCACUCGAGGGUUACGCCUGAAGACCUACAGGCGCUACUACCGCCCCCUACGGCCUCCAUGGAUCAGAAGACGCAGUCUAGUUUCCAGGAGUUCCAGAGGUAUCAGCAGCAAUACAUAGCGAAGCAGCGGGCAGCAUCCCGAGCGAGUUCGCAACCCGACUGGAACGAGCCGUACCGGGACUCGCUGUCAUUACUGGACUUACCCGACAGUGACCUGGAACACCUCAUGCCGACGCUUGGCGACGACCUCAACCUCGACGAGAGCGCGUUCUCCGCCAUCUCGGAGCUGGACGCCAGCGCCAAGCUCGACAUGCUGCUGUCGGGCAACAACGCCAACAACAACACGCCCGACUCCGUGCUCCAGGACAUCACCGGGGACCAGUACUCGACCGCCGGCUACGAGCCGCAACAACGCCACGACGUGCCUUCUAAGUCUGAGUUCGAGGGACCGGACGCCUUCAUGCCGCCGCCGCCCGUGCCGCACCACUCCAACAAGUUCCGGCGGCUCGAGCCCGACGCCGAGCACGCGCCGCAGCUCGCCUCGCCGCCCGCCGUGCUGCCGCCCGCCGACCACCCGCCCGGCGCCGCGCAUCCGCAGCCCAACGCGCAGUAUGCGGCGAUGCCCCUUCCUAACUCCGCGCCGCACCUGCAGAACGCCAUGCGGGCGACGCAACAUCCGCCCAACGCCGCGCAACAACAGGCGAACGCCGCGCAACAUCCGCCCAACGCGGUCCUACACACGCAGAAUGCCGCGCAACAUCAGAAUGCGUCGCCGGCCUUCAAGUCGCCGCCUUCUAGCGCCAGCCAGGCGAUGCCUCCUCCCCUUAAGCUGCCCAUACGAGCCACCACCUCCGUGGCCACUGCCACCGUCGGCUCACAAGCCUCGGCGCAAGAAAUCGAGGAGCAGAGCAAGCAGUACCUCAUCAAAACCCUCAUGAGGGAUGAUGACGUACCGCCUCCCAAAGAACAGGAGAAGAAAGUCGAAGAGGUGACAGUCGCCAACUGCGAAGUAAAAGAAGGAACGGUAGAAGCCGCGCCUGAGAUGUUCGGCAUCGCCAAGUCCACCACAGACGAGGACACGCGGAGAGCAGACGACGAGCUGAGGAUGAGAAAUAAGCUCGCCAAGAAAGAGCGAGACGACAAACUCGCGCAGAAAGGCGGGAAGCCGCGAACUGUCGGCGCCAAAGAGAAGCCCGCCACGCUCAAGGACAAGAUAGUCCGCGACAACAAGUCCACCAAAGUUGCCUUAGCGCGGCCGCCGCCGCUCAAGCUGCCCGCGCCCAGCCUCGACGCGCCCAAGUCGCCGCAGACUGAGAAGGAGUCCAUCAAGCUGAGGCUCAAGCUCGACAAGAACGAGCCAGUCGUACAGACCGUCUACAAGGCAGACAUAAGCUUCGUCAACCAACAGAAAGGUGACAAGCCCACUGACGGCGAACUCAGGGUUCCACCUCUACACAUAAGUCUACGAGGUCGGAAUUCCGCCGUCAUAAAGAAUUCUAAAAAAGAAAAGAAAAAGUUCGGGCCCGGCGACCUACAUACGAAGAAGAUUAAAAUCAGGAAAUCUUCCGAAUCGGAUGACAAGUCACAUCGGAGGGACUCCGACGAAUCGAUCGCCUCAAAAUCUAGUGAAAGCACUGAGAACAAGACUGAUGAUGAGUAUUUAAACGCGAAAGGCAUUAAGCUCAACAAUCACUACGAAACCGAUGGCGUUAAAACUGAAGUAACUGGCGACAACAACGUUGUGUAUAGGAUGAAAACUAUAUCCAAGAACGCCCACAUAGUCACCAAGUCGCACGACUAUAAACUUAAUAACAAAGUGCCCAGCUUAGAUCCCAAAGUCAAAAAGAAACUAAAAAUACUCAGCGACAGCGGCAAAUCGUCGGACAAGGAGCGAGACAAAGAAUGGAGGAACGAUACGUUAGACAAGGAAGGGAAAUACGCUCAAAACGAGGGCUACAGAGAGCCCAACAACCACGAGGCGAAGAAAAAGUUACCUACUCCUAAAGCGGACUUGAAAUGUGAUAGUGUGAAGUCAGAGGGGAAAACAGUGCAAUCAGACGUUGAUAGUGAAUGUAAAACCGGUGCUAGUGAGUUGGACAGUAGGUUGGUGAAGUGUCAAAAGGACCUCGAGUGGACGCUAAGUGGCGACGUGCCCAACAGCCCGCACUUCGCGGACUCGCGGCACGUUGCCGAAGACGACAAUAACUUGAAACGGACAGUCGCCGAAAGUGCUAUUACCUCACCCAACGGCCUGCUCGCCUCCGACAAGAAGAGGAAGCUCAGCCACAGUUCCUGUACAGAGCCGCCGGGGUCCACGAACGUGGGGACGAUACCGACGCGAAGCGCCGAGUCGCCGCCCGCGUCCCCGCGCCGCAAGGACCGGCCCAAGGACAAGUCCUACUGCAAGCUCGUGGCGGAGCGCGCCCGCCCCGACGCCGACAAGUUCGGCAGCCGCUCGCCCGCCAGCCAGGCGCAGGGCGAGGACUCGGGCAUCGAGUCCAUGGACGCGCUGUCCGAGAAGUCGCCCAACCAGGCGUCGCAGUCCCCGCCCGGGCCCGCGCGCAAGGAGCGGCUCGACAUGCCGCGCUCCACCUCGCCCGCCUCCGUGCAGCGCAUCAUCGGCGUGCUGGAGCCGCGCUACCCGCCCGAGCCCGCCUACCCGCCCGCGCCGCACAUCCGCGACCUGGGCGACAUCGAGGCCGAGCUCGCCAAGAUGCACGCCGACGUCAACGGCGAGCGCGAGCCGCCCGCGCCGCCCGCGCCCGCCGCGCCGCUGCCGCCGCCCGACACCCGGCCCGACGCGCCGCCCGACAAGCUGGGCGACUUCGACCCGCCGCCCAGCCGCGUGUCGCCGCCGCUCUACACCUACUCCAACCAGGAGAAGCUAGCGCCGCCCGACGACGUCAAAGACGAGCGUCCCGACCGGCCAGAGAACGGCGACGCCUGCACCGACCGCGCCGAGCCUGACGACACGCGGGAGCCCAAGCUCGAGAGGCUACCGCUGAAGGCGGACUUCCCCGACAAGAGCCUACUGGAGCAGCUGCUCAUCGAGAUCCCCACGCCGGACUACACGGGCAAGCGGCCCGAGUCGCCCUCGCCCUCGGCGCUGGAGCGCGUCGCGCGCAGUAGCGUCCGCACGCGCUCCAGCAGCAAGCUCAGCUCCCCCGCCGAGCCGCCGCGCCUGUCGCCCGCCGCCGACCCCGCGCCGCCCGCCCGCCCCGCGCGCCCGCCGCCGCCCAAGCGCCGGCGCCGCGAGUCCGAGUCCUCCGGCGCCUCCACGCUCAGCGCCGACGACGACCGCCCCAAGAAGAAGCCGCGCCGCGACGUGCGCGCGCCCGCGCCCGCGCCGCCCGCCCGCCCCGCCGCGAGGCGCAAGGACUCCGACAGCGACAGCGACGAGCCGCUCAUCUGCAAAGUGCGCGGCAAGGGCGCCAAGCCGGGCCGCGGCCCGCCGCGCGACCCCGUGGGCACGCGCCGCUCCGUGCGCCACGGGCCCCCGGGCCCCGCGCGCCACCCGCCCGCAGCGCCCCGCCAGCCGCCGGGCCCCGCGCCGCCCGCGCCCCCCGCGCCGCCGCAGCCCGCGCCCGUGCGCCGCAAGACCCGCAGCGCCGGUGAGUCCCGCGUCCUAGCUGACUGAUCCCAUCCGCUUGGCGUGUGCUGACGAUCUCUGUUUGGUGCGCAGUGGGCGAGGGCGCAGGCGCGGCGGCCGGCGUGCGGCGGCGCCGGGCCUCCAAGGACAAGUGACGGCGGCGCCGCGCGGAGCCGCGCGAGCCCCGCGACCCCGGCGCGGCCAGCCCCGCCGAGCCCCGCGACCCCGGCGCGGCCGGCCCCGCCGAGCCCCGCCAGCCGGAGCCGGAGGUGCGGCCGCCCAGCGAGCCGCGUCAGUCCGGCGACGCGUAGGCGCCGCGCCGCACCGCACAUAUACACUAGUACAAUCUGUGACACGAACUGUUCACCACGUACGUAUGACGUCGCGGCCGCCACUAGAGACAUUACGAAACUUUGGUUUAUACCAGUAUGGGUCACGAUUAUAAUAACAUAUUUAAAAUUAACUAAAUUGUAAUAUACGUUGCGAGUUGAAAAUUAAUCCGAAGUGAUUUCCACUAAUCCGCGAUUGGUAAUUGUUCAUUUGAAUGAAUCUCAAUUAAUUAAAUCGAUUGUGAAUUAACACCAGUGUGGAGACUAGUAAAAUUGCAAUACUAACAUUUGAGAAAUACUGUGUUGAUAUUUAACAAAAUAUUACAUGAAAUUGUGUGUUUAUGUGUAUUUAUGAAUUCGGAUGUGUAGUCGGCUGCUAUUUGUUAGGGCUCCCGUGCUAGCGGCGACUGCAAACUGUACUGACAAUUAUAAUAAAAUCGGUUCCCAUGUGAACGUUAUAUUUUCAAUUCAACUUAAAAGGUAUGGACAAUUAAUAAUUUUAAUCUUAUAAUGACAAUUUAUUGCAUGUUUUAUUGAAUAUUUAUUUAUUUACCGUUCGUUGUCGCCACUAGUAUGACGUCUUCCGUCACUGCAGAUCGGAAAUAGAAAUGGAUUUAGAGAAAUUUAUUUUAGAAUAGUUCCAUUUUAUUUUUAAUUUAAUGUUCACACGAAAUCUGAACAUAAAGAAUGUUUCUAAGUGGCACUCCACCAAAAACAGUAGCAAGUAAUGACUUCGUUAAAAAAUAUUUUAAAUUAUCAACUUUACGGCAUUUCUUAUCUUUUGUCGAUAAUCCAUAAUGACGAAAAACUAUGAAAUCUAUUCUAAAAUGGAUUUUCCCUAAAUCCGUCCUGCAGAGCUAAUCUAUUGAUAUUCAUUAUCGAUUGCGAAACGUAAAGUCGAUAACGCCGGACCCAAUCAAAUGCUGGCAGUCACACUGUUGGUAUAUUUAUUUUUAGUGAACAAAUGUUACCAUUCACUAUAAACACUCGACCUUUUUGUUCUUUUAAGUGUAAGUUUAUUUCUAUCGAGUAAUUUUAAGAGUGUUUGUCUUUAAGUAUGGAAGCUAACGCCGGCUUCAACACUGCAAUUAGUCGAGUUUUAUCAAUAAAUACAAGUUGUAGUUAAUACAGAAUUUAGUAACCAUAGGUACAUAGUGAUGUUGUUGAGUCGACUGAUCGCAGCGCUGAGGCGGGCGCGGGCGGGAACUCGGAACGUUGCCACUGAGCAAGACUCGUCGAGUUUGCGUCGUGGAGAGCCUUAGUUUACUAGUGAAUAGAUGUGUAUCAUUAUUGUACAAAAUGCACUCGACAUAUAGGCACAUUGUUAUAAUAGUAUAAAUACCCGAGAGAUAUAAAGAGAAUGAAAUAAAUGCAUAAAGUUAAAUAUUUUCAUACGUUUUUGCACGUAAUUUCGUGACGUCGAUUCGGUGACGUGAACGCAGCGUUGUAGUUUUUAUAAUGUUUUGGCGGGAGGGCGCCGUCUUUUAUUUGUAAUAUAAAUAUGAAAAAAUUGACCAAGAUUAAAUCGGUUUUCGGCAGAUAUUUGAAAUUGCUGAACAUUAGAUGAUAGGUUCAAUUCAAGAUGGCGGCGUCGCUCUCCCGCACAAAACGCUGGCCGCUAUUACGAUGUAACGUUAGCGUUUUUAUAUUUAAGAGAAUUCACGACCAAUAAUUGUAAUUAAAUGUGGAACUUGAUAAUUUCUUAGUGAAUGAGAUAAUAAUCGCGACUGAAUGUUUUAACAGUUUGUCUGUUCGGGCUUCCAGUAUAACUAAAAUCUUAUUUUGACGCCCCAUUUAUUUCGUUACCUCCAGUUAUAUCGACCUAUGUUCCCACCAUCGAUUCAAUCAUUUAAUCCGAAUAUUUAACACCAAAACCCAUAGACAAUGUACCAGUGAAUCUUAGCUUCUAUUUCGCACUAAGCAUAGUCCAUUAUUUAAUGAAUUUAGUUUUCUAACGCCCAAGUUCACCGACAGCGUAAAUGUCAGUUUUCUUAAAACAACUGUUAUACUUUCAUAGGAACCAGUUGUUUUAAGAAAAACGAUCGUCUAUGAUGUCGGUGUACUUGGGCUUAAUUAGGCGUUAGUGUUUUAUAUGACAGUUGUUGAACACUCACAGUUAGGAACGUUAUCUUUCGAAGUCGCUCGCCUUAAUGUUCAUCAUUGACAUAAACGAUUGGUUGUACUAAAUUGAACCUUGCAAUAAACUAUUUGCGGACAAAAUCAUUAUUAACAAAACUUAAUUAAAUGGUGGACAAGACAUGGGGUGUCCCACAGAUCUAUUUGAAUGAAUAUUUGUCGGGUACGCGGCGGUAGCUCGACACUUCUGAAGGCGUUUCGUUUAGACAGACUCGUUUCGUUCCUGUCUCUAGGGAUACAAACCCAAAGCAAUAAUAUUUGGAUGUGACGUUUUAUUUAAAAGCACAUUUUAGACAGCUUUUACACUAUUAGCUUAGAAGCCGUACAUUUCAGUAUUUUAUAAUUUGUCCCGACGUAUGUUCGUUUGUUCCCCUACCCUUCGAUGAUGUUCAAUGUUAGUCGGACAGUGAUAGUGCUACAAUACAUAACGUGUAUAGUAAGUACCUAGAAUAUAAUGAGAAAAUAUUUUAAUAAUUAGUAAUGAAUUUAUUGCCUGAAUAAAUUGUGCCCUAUAACUGUGUGCCGUGGUAAUGUGUCUGUUAAUGAAAAUAUUAGUGUAUAGAGCGAGAUGCGGCUAGUCUGACAGCUGGACGGCGGAACUGUUUCUAAACGUUUGUUUUCUUAAAUUAUUCAUUACUGUAUCGGUCCGGCCGAUGUACAAUCUCUUGUAAAUUUUUAUGUAUAGAUGGGGAUAUUAAUAUAUGUUACGUUUUAAGUACUUGUUUUCUUUUUAAAAUCAUAUUUAGUUUGGGGAGUAGCGUAUGUAAAUAGACGUGGAGACUAGCGUAUCGUUCCUGAGUGGACCGACUCCUGUAGACAUGCAAAAGCCUUAUACUGUAAUAUAAAAGUAUGACUUGCAAGCUUGUACCAUAUAAUGAUAGUGAAUGAACUCUGAAAUAGCUGUGUAUAUUGGGUGUAUAGUUAUCAUUUUAGUUUAUUUUGUUUUGUUUUUAUUUUCGACUAAUGAUAGUAAUUUAUGCCGAUAAAUAAAUAUCUAUAUUGUACGUUUAUAUAUCUACAAUGAAGAAAGAGAAAUACAAAUAGUUUUAAUAACACUUAUAAAUAUAGUUUAGGGGUUACACCACAUGAGAGUAGGUUAUAGUUUUGUUUACAUUCUAUGGAACUUGUAAAUACAUGCAGAAAUAGUAAAAUGAAAGAAUUGAUACAAUAAAGUUAACUUUAUGUUAUUUGUAAUAUUUUUUCUAGUUCGCGUUGGGCGGCAAGCGCCGCGGGGAAUCAAUUUAGGACAAUGAUAAACGAUGCCUGUAAUUAUUUUUUGUUGCUGGCAAUUUAUGAAGUUCAGUUUUAUAUUGUGCAUUAUUUUCUCUGUAAGUUGCUUUCACUGUCGUUUCUAGAUUAUUUUUAAAAAUCAUAUAAUUAUUAUAUUGAUAAAAAGUACGAUGAGUCAAGCUGAUCUAUCAUCAUAUUAUUACGAUUGAAGAAAUUAUAUUGAUAAAAGUACGAUUGAGUCAUGCUGAUUUAUCAUAUUAUUACGAAUGAAGAAAUAAGGAAUAUUAUUGUUCUGCUAUUAUUAAAUUUGUAAAGUUAGUUUAUUAAUAAAUGAAUAAAAAUA